CUCCCUGCGCCCGGCCCGGAGCCCGGCGGUGGCGGCGGCGGCUGCGUCCCUCCGACGGCAGCAGCCAUGAAGUCGCUGUGCCUCGUCACGGUGGGGGUGCUGGCCAUGACGCUGCUGAUCGCCAGCGUCUCCUUGCUGGUGGCACACGUCUUCCAGACCGUGGUGGACCUGCAGGUGAAGCAGGGAACAGUGCUGAAAAAUGGCACAGAAACCUUUGAGGCCUGGGAAGAUCCUCCUCCUCCAGUCUACAUGCAGUUCUACUUCUUUAAUGUGACCAACCCUCUAGAAGUGCUUCAAGGUGAUAGUCCUCUCGUAGAGGAAAUAGGGCCAUACACCUACAGGGAAUACAGGCCAAGAGUACAUGUUCAGUUUUUGGACAAUGGUACCAAAGUAUCUGCUCUGAAUCCAAAGACCUACGUAUUUGAACCUGAGAAAUCAGUUGGAGACCCUGAGGUGGACCUGAUCAGAACCAUUAAUAUCCCUGCAGUGACUGCCAUGGAGUGGACCAGGUCAACCCCUCUUCAGUUUGCCACCGAGGUGCUGCUGCUCCUGUACCAGGAAUCCCUGUUCACGAUUCACACCGUUCAUGAGCUGCUGUGGGGCUACAAAGACAGGCUACUGUCCACCAUCCAUCUGCUGCACCCCGAGAUUGACCCAGUCUUUGGUCUCUUUAACAAGAUGAAUGGCACUGAUGAUGGAGAAUAUGUUUUCCUGAGUGGGGAGACAGACUACCUUAACUUCUCAAGGAUUGUGGAAUGGAAAGGAAAAGAGUCAUUGAGCUGGUGGACAACAAAGACAUGUAACAUGAUUAAUGGGACAGAUGGGACAUCCUUCCACCCACUGAUCAGCAAAGAUGAGAACAUUUACAUCUUUUCUUCUGAUUUUUGCAGGUCUCUCUACCUCGUGUACGACAGCUCAGGAACUGUUUCAGGCAUCCCAACCUACCGCUUUGUGCCUCCUGCUCUGGUAUUUGCCAACACAACAGUGAACCCAGACAAUGCUGGCUUCUGUGUUCCACCAGGAAACUGCCCUGGCACUGGGGUGCUCAACGUCAGCGUCUGCAAGCAGGGUGCUCCAAUAUUCCUGUCAGCUCCACAUUUUUACCAAGCAGAUCAGAAGUAUGUGGAGGACAUAGAGGGCAUGCACCCAAAAAAGGAAUACCAUGAGACGUUUCUGGACAUCAACCCUCUGACAGGGCUUGUCCUGCAGGCAGCCAAGAGGAUGCAGGUCAAUGUUCACGUCAGGAAAUUACCUGAGUUUUUUGAAACAGGCAACGUCCGAACGCUGAUCUUCCCAGUGAUGUACAUAAAUGAGAGUGUUCUGAUUGAUGAAGGAUCUGCCACCAAGCUCAGGCAUGUCCUGCUGGAAGCCAGUGUUGUAACUGGAAUCCCCUUUGUAAUCAUGGCUCUAGGAAUCGUUUUUGGCGUUGUUUUCAUUGUGCUCGUGUGCAGGUCCCGGGGAGUAAGUGAAGAGGGAAGGGAAGUUUUAAUAGACUCAGAAUAAAAGCAGCAAAGCAAAGGAGUGGAGCUAAUGUAAGCGACGUGAGUACUGAAGAUGAAAGGUCCCCACUCAUCAGGACAUCUUAGUAGAUAUUCUUUACCAUGAAUUUGGAGAACCAACCAUUAAAGCUGACCUAAUGCCAACUACCACUGUCCAGUGCUGUCCACCGGGGAAGGAAGGACGGUCCCAAGUAUUUAACUUCUUGUGGUAUAGAGGUGGAAGAGAAUCUGCACUGUCAGCAAGGGAGGAGACUUUUCUUACCAGCUGUGGUACAACUUCAAAAUGACGUUUUCAAACUGCUUGAGAUCCUGCUUUUAUCAACCCUGCACUCUCUUUGCUCCUGCACUGAUAGCCACAGAGGAUCACAACCACUCUAUCAGUGAGAAACAAAAGGGUCUGAUUCAUGAGAGGAACACCACAGGUAACCUUGGAGAACAGCCUCAGGAGUGUGGGCUGCAAAGAGCCCUUCUAGAAGCAGAGCAGGAUCCUGGAGCACCCAGGAACCAUGGACAAUUUUGCCCUAGGCCUAGUAUUGUCUUCUCUCUGAAGUGUUAUGCACUGACUGUUUGUUAUUAAUGUCACCAGGCCUUUUGCAGCACUGAUUUGUACAACUAACCCAAAACACUGAGCAAAACUGUGUUAAGCAUCUGUAAUUGCCAGGUUAAAAAGAAGCCUCUUAACCCUUCUAACUCUGCACAGGAUCCCGUUGCAUGUUAGCCAUGCUUUUAUCCUUUGAAGUUUUGGGGUUAUUUGGAUUUGUUCUUUUUUUAAUCCCUUCAACUUACAACAGAAUGUUCUGGAGGGUGGAGGGUCCAAAAAUGGUGUGGGUUUUUUUUUUUCCUCUGGUGUGUGUGUGUCACAGCUCUCAGCAUGAACACAGGUUUGGCAGUCACAGUCACUGCCUGGGCUGUAAAAGCACACUUCUGUAUUAAGGUUUGUGUAAGGUUUUGAGGAGUCCAACAGGUUGGGGUCUCUUUUGUUUUUUUAACUUGUCAAGUGGAAACUUGUUUUAAAAAUCACCCAGAGUAUUCCCCCCCUCCCCCCCCAAUUAAAAGAAUAUUCUCAUUGAGAAGUAUUUCCAUUAGAGCUAGAGAAAGAAAUGUAUUUGAAAACUCUAUUAUGGUCUUCUAAAGAGAGGCAUUGGUUUUUGCA